CGUCGCUUGAUGUAGGAUUUUAGCUCCGGAUUUGUUUGCACUCAAAAGCAGUGCAUUUAUAUUUUGUUAUUCACGUUCUAAGAAGCUGUAAAAGAUGACGACAUAUUGGUAUAUUUCUGCUGCCCUUCCAGUCUGUUUGAACAUUGCCAAUGCUAUUGACAUGUUUGGGUUAAGCUACAACUACUUUGACGAGAUGGCACAGAACUAUUGCGCUGCAAAAGGUGAAGGCUGGGUGUUUAGUAUUAGGCGGGAUUGUUUUGGCAUAGCUCCAACAUGCAACAACAUGUGUGCGGCGGCAAAGACCGACAUUCUUAGUGCCAUGGGAAUUCAAGUGACUAAAGCUGGCUGUUUCGAUGGAGUUUUCAUAAUAAAAGAUCACAAACAACUCCUGCCUAACCCAGUAAACUCGCAACCUGUUGCAGGAAGGGCCAGUCUCAUAACUUAUGGUUAUGGUGUUGGCGCGUGUACCUGGGGCCCUAAUCACUGUGGUCCAAACUAUUGAUGUUGCAAAGG